AUGAGCUCGCCGAUAAAAAAGAAAUCGAAGCAAUCACAGCAGCCAGUAGCCCAUACGUCUAUCUACAAAUCACAAAGUGACCAGAACGUAGAUGAGCACGCUCAGCUGCCUACAGACAACCUCGCUGAGUUGAGUCUCGGCCAGAGGUUGAAAGCCUCUUCUAAGAAAGCUGAAGAAUUGGAUGGUGAAGAGGAUACAGAGACACCUGCGCUUCCUGUCAAUUCUUUAGCUACGCUCCUCACACAAUCACUCAACUCAAACGAUACAAACCUUUUAGAAAGCUGCUUAGGACAGACAGACGCGUCUAUCAUAAGAAACACCGUAGACAGACUACCAUCACAAUUAGCUAUUCCUUUACUCCAUCAAUGUACAACUAGACUCGCGAAACCUGGCAAAGCUGGUCCUCAGCGUGCUAAGGGCUUGUUAGAGUGGUCAAGAGCUGUUUUAACCAUACACACAGCUUACUUGCUCUCUAUGCCAAAUGUCACUGAAAAAUUACUCGGUUUACAUUCCGCACUUAGCCAACGUAUCAGCUCACACGAGAAGUUGAUGGGUUUGUCAGGCAGACUCGACGUAGUACUUUCACAAAUAGCCCUUCAAAGAUCAAUUCAAGAAGAGAGGCGAUCAAAAGAGCAGAACAAGAAGUCUAAUAACGCAGUCACAUAUAUCGAAGGUGAUUCAGAUGAGGAGGAUAAUGUUGAAUAUGACAACGACGAUGCUGAGGCUAUAGAAGAUGUUGAACUUGGUAAUGGAGAGGAUGAAAGUGACUCAGAGAGCGGUGAGGAAGUAGAAGACGAUGAAGAAAUCGAUAAUAGUCUGGAUGGCGACGAUAGCGAUAGAAAUGCCAUGGUGGAGGAUGAAGCUAUCGAAGAAGACGAUGAUUCGGAUGAUGACGAUGAAGAGGAUAAUUGAUUUAGAUGCAUCUUAUUUAUAGUUUA